CGGCCGCGGGCGCUGCCCGGCUCGGGCCGGCGGAGGGCGGAGCGCGGCGCCAGAGCCGAGGGCACGCCGCGGAGGGGCGCACGCAGGCCUCCGGGCCGCGCCGUGCUGGGCCGCGCCGUGCCCGGCCGGGCGGCGGCUGCAGGAGGAGGGCCGGAGGCGAGCGCGGGGCCGGCGGUGGGCGCGCAGGGCCGCCCGCAGCCCGCAGGGAGAGCGCGAGCCCGCGGCCGGGGCCCGGCCGGGCGUCCAGACAGGAGCCCGGCUGGAGCGCCCGCCCCGCGGCCUCGCCUCCCCGCCGAGCCGCCAGCGCCUCGGGACGCGAUGAGGACCUGGGCUUGCCUGCUGCUCUUCGGCUGCGGAUACCUCGCCCAUGCCCUGGCCGAGGAAGCCGAGAUCCCCCACGAGGUGAUUGAGAGGCUGGCGCACAGUCAGAUCCACAGCAUCCGGGACCUCCAGCGACUCCUGGAGAUAGACUCCGUAGGGCCCGAGGGUGCUCUGGAGGCGAGUCUGAGAGCCCACGGGGGCCACUCCUCCAAGCAUGCGCCCGAGAAGCGGCCCGUGCCCAUUCGGAGGAAGAGAAGCAUUGAGGAAGCCAUCCCCGCGGUCUGCAAGACCAGAACGGUCAUUUACGAGAUACCUCGGAGUCAGGUCGACCCCACGUCUGCCAACUUCCUGAUCUGGCCCCCGUGCGUGGAGGUGAAGCGCUGUGCGGGCUGCUGCAACACCAGCAGCGUCAAGUGCCAGCCUUCCCGCGUCCACCACCGGAGUGUCAAGGUGGCCAAGGUGGAGUACAUCAGGAAGAAGCCAAAGUUAAAGGAGGUGCAGGUGCGGCUGGAGGAGCAUCUGGAGUGCACGUGCACGGCCACCGGCCCGACCCCGGACCACCGGGAGGAGGAGACAGGAAGGCGUAGGGAGUCAGGUAAAAAACGGAAAAGAAAAAGGUUAAAACCCACCUAACGCAGCCAACCAGAUGUGAGGUGAGAAUAAGCCAGCGGCCCUUUUCCGGGACACGGAUGUACAUGGCGUGUUACAUUCCUGAACCUACUAUGUGCGGUGCUUACUGCCAGUGUGUGGUCUUUGUCCUCCGUGAAAAACUGUCUCCACGCGCACUCUGGAGAACAAAGAGACAGUACACGUUUGUUCAGUGCAACAUCAAAGCAAGUAUUGUAGCGCUCGGUGAAACAAUAGGAAGCCUCGUCGUCAAACAAAAAGGACAGAGAGCGAGCAAACAACCACGAAACAUGACAAACAAAACUGACUCACACAAAUAUCUACACAGUUGUCGGAAUGGAGGGACGCCCCGUGGGCCGGACGUGUCGCGCCUCGGUGGACUGGAUUUCUGUCCAGGCUGGUCACAGGUGCUUCUGCCGGGAACACAGCGCCUGCUUUCCGGAGGACUCCGGGCGGGCGCCGAGGGCCCUGCGGGGCACGCGGGAGCCAGGAGUGUCUCAGAACCGCCACGGGACUUAGAAACACAUCUCCUUGCCGUAGUGUUUAAGUCUAUACAGAAACCUUCCCGAGAGCCUUAAGUGGAUUUUUUUUUACACCAUAAAGUGAUUAUUAAGCUUUCCUUUUUACUCUUUGGCUAGUGUUUUUGUUUUUGUUCUUGUUUUUUUUUUUUUUUUUUUAAUGAUCUCUUGGAUGGCAUUGACACCUAUAACACCAGGCUGCUGUAAGUCAGGACAGUGGGACGGUAUUUCUCCUCGCAGGAUGCAAACAAACGAGAUGUAUUGAAAUAAACAUGGUGUGCCCACCUAUGCAUCAUUUCCUAAAUGUUUCUGGCUUUACGUGUUUCUCCCCUGCCCCAUUUCAUCUUACUUUUUAAUUUAAGCCAUUUCGAGAGAACAGUUGCGUGAACCAAUCGAGUCCGUCCCGGCCUGCCGGUCCCGGGCUCCCUGCCCUGGCCGCCGCCAGGCCGCCCCUGUGCCAGUGUUUGGACAGAAUCUAAAUUCUUUAUUUUUGGGAAGAUGUUACGCUUUACAUGUAUUCAACAGAAAUGUGUGUGUGUGUUGUGUUUUUGUUUUGUAAAGGUGAAGUUUGUAUUUUUAUCUAAUAUUACCACUUUUAUAUACCUGA